CCGGCGACUGCGGGAGGAGUUUCGCGGAGAGCGACGCGGGGUGCUCAGAGGGUGGCGGUCCUGGGAGGUGCCCGCUCGCGCCCGACCCGGCCGCCGGCGCCUCUGCGGUAGCCACCCGGCCGCCGCGCCCCCGACUUCCCGCGCUGCCUUCUGCCUGGCGCCGUCGUCUGUCGGCCCUCCAUGCGGGGCCGGGUGGUUGCGUGAUGGGGCUGCGGAGCGGCGCCCUGCGGCUCGCGGCAGCCGCUGCUCGCGCUCCGGUGCGUCGCUGCCAGGUCCUCCGCGCCCCCGCGCGCCGCGGCGCCUGCUGACCCGGCCUGCUUGCCCGUCGGCCCGCAGCGCGGCUGAGGACACUUGAGCAUCACUGAGCAGAGACUUCGCUUCUUUUCUUCUGGACUGUGGCUGUGUAUCCUGAGGCCGGCAGAAUGUCGGGGGCCUCGGUGAAGGUGGCUGUGCGGGUGAGGCCCUUCAACUCCCGAGAGACCAGCAAGGAGUCCAAGUGCAUCAUCCAGAUGCAAGGCAACUCGACCAGUAUUAUUAACCCAAAGAAUCCAAAGGAAGCUCCCAAAUCCUUCAGCUUUGACUAUUCCUAUUGGUCUCACACCUCGCCUGAAGAUCCCUGUUUUGCAUCUCAGAAUCGUGUGUACAAUGACAUCGGGAAGGAGAUGCUGCUGCACGCCUUCGAAGGGUACAACGUGUGCAUCUUCGCCUACGGACAGACCGGCGCUGGGAAGUCCUACACCAUGAUGGGCAAGCAGGAAGAGAGCCAAGCUGGCAUCAUCCCACAGUUAUGUGAGGAACUGUUUGAGAAAAUCAAUGACAACUGUAAUGAAGAGAUGUCCUACUCUGUGGAGGUGAGCUACAUGGAGAUUUACUGCGAGAGAGUACGAGAUUUGCUGAAUCCAAAGAACAAGGGCAACCUGCGAGUGCGUGAACACCCGCUUCUGGGACCGUACGUGGAGGACCUGUCCAAGCUGGCAGUUACUUCCUACACAGACAUUGCGGACCUCAUGGAUGCGGGGAACAAGGCUAGGACCGUGGCUGCUACCAACAUGAACGAGACGAGUAGCCGUUCCCAUGCCGUGUUUACCAUUGUUUUCACCCAGAAGAAACAAGAUUCUGAGACCAACCUUUCCACAGAGAAGGUCAGUAAGAUCAGCCUGGUAGAUCUAGCGGGAAGUGAGCGAGCCGAUUCAACCGGUGCCAAAGGAACUCGACUAAAGGAAGGAGCAAAUAUUAAUAAAUCUCUUACAACUUUGGGCAAAGUAAUUUCCGCUCUGGCAGAGGUGGACAACUGCACCAGCAAGAGUAAAAAGAAGAAGAAAACGGAUUUUAUUCCCUACAGGGAUUCUGUACUUACUUGGCUUCUUCGAGAAAAUCUAGGUGGCAAUUCUCGGACUGCAAUGGUCGCUGCUCUGAGCCCGGCAGACAUUAAUUACGAUGAGACCUUGAGCACUCUGAGAUAUGCAGAUCGUGCAAAACAAAUUAAAUGCAAUGCUGUGAUCAACGAGGACCCCAAUGCCAAGCUGGUCCGCGAGCUGAAAGAGGAGGUCACGCGGCUCAAAGACCUUCUUCGCGCUCAGGGGCUGGGCGACAUCAUCGACAUUGACCCAUUGAUCGAUGAUUACUCUGGAAGUGGAGGCAAAUCGUCCAUGGGGUCCCUUACUUCAUCUCCAUCUUCCUGCUCACUCAGUAGUCAGGUGGGCUUGGCAUCUGUGACCAGUAUUCAGGAGCGGAUCAUGUCUACGCCCGGAGGAGAGGAAGCCAUUGAACGUCUAAAGGAAUCAGAGAAGAUCAUUGCCGAGUUGAACGAAACAUGGGAAGAGAAACUGCGGAAAACAGAGGCCAUCCGGAUGGAGAGAGAGGCCCUGUUGGCAGAGAUGGGAGUUGCCAUUCGAGAAGAUGGAGGAACACUGGGAGUUUUUUCACCUAAAAAGACCCCACAUCUUGUUAACCUCAACGAAGACCCGUUGAUGUCCGAAUGCCUGCUGUAUUACAUCAAAGAUGGAAUUACCAGAGUUGGCCAGGCAGAUGCGGAGCGGCGCCAGGACAUAGUGCUGAGCGGGGCCCACAUUAAAGAAGAGCAUUGUAUCUUCCGGAGCGAGAGGAACAACAGCGGCGAAGUUAUUGUGACUCUAGAGCCCUGUGAGCGCUCAGAAACCUACGUCAAUGGCAAGAGGGUGGCCCAGCCUGUUCAGCUGCGCUCAGGAAACCGUAUCAUCAUGGGUAAAAACCAUGUCUUCCGUUUCAACCACCCGGAACAAGCACGGGCCGAACGAGAAAAGACGCCUUCGGCUGAGACACCCUCGGAGCCCGUGGACUGGACGUUUGCCCAGAGAGAACUUCUGGAAAAGCAAGGAAUUGAUAUGAAACAAGAGAUGGAGAAAAGGCUACAGGAAAUGGAGAUCCUAUACAAAAAGGAGAAGGAGGAAGCAGAUCUCCUCUUGGAGCAGCAGAGACUGGACUAUGAAAGUAAAUUGCAGGCCUUGCAGAAGCAGGUGGAGACCCGGUCCCUGACUGCAGAGACAACAGAAGAAGAAGAGGAAGAGGAAGAAGUUGCUUGGACGCAGCAUGAAUUUGAGUUGGCCCAGUGGGCCUUCCGGAAGUGGAAGUCUCACCAGUUUACUUCAUUAAGGGACUUACUCUGGGGCAAUGCCGUGUACCUGAAGGAGGCCAACGCCAUCAGUGUGGAAUUGAAGAAGAAGGUGCAGUUUCAGUUUGUCCUGCUGACGGACACGCUGUACUCCCCUCUGCCCCCUGACUUACUUCCCACCGAGACGGACAGAGCUCACGAGCACAGACCUUUUCCCCGCACAGUGGUGGCUGUGGAAGUCCAGGAUCUCAAGAACGGAGCCACACACUAUUGGUCCCUGGAGAAGCUCAAGCAGAGGCUGGAUCUGAUGCGAGAAAUGUAUGACAGGGCGGGGGAGACGGCCUCCAACGCCCAGGAAGGCAAUGAGACCACAAUGACUGGCCGCGAUCCUUUCUAUGACCGAUUCCAUUGGUUCAAACUUGUGGGAAGCUCCCCCAUUUUCCACGGCUGUGUGAAUGAGCGCCUUGCUGACCGCACACCCUCCCCUACUUUUUCCACGGCCGAUUCCGACAUCACUGAGCUGGCUGACGAGCAGCAAGAUGAGAUGGAGGAUUUUGAUGAGGAGGCGUUCGUGGAUGACACCGGCUCUGACGCAGGGACGGAGGAGGGGUCCGACCUCUUCAGUGACGGGCAUGACCCGUUUUACGACCGAUCCCCUUGGUUCAUUUUAGUGGGAAGGGCAUUUGUGUACCUCAGCAACCUGCUCUAUCCUGUGCCCCUGAUCCACCGAGUGGCCAUCGUCAGUGAGAAGGGUGAAGUCCGGGGCUUCCUACGUGUGGCUGUGCAGGCCAUUGCAGCGGAUGAAGAAGCUCCUGAUUAUGGCUCAGGAAUUCGACAGUCAGGAACCGCUAAGAUAUCUUUUGACAACGAGGACUUUAAUCAGAGUGACUUUUCUUCUGUGGCCAUGACACGUUCCGGUCUGUCCUUGGAGGAGCUGAGGAUUGUCGAAGGCCAAGGUCAGAGCUCUGAGGUCAUCACACCUCCAGAAGAAAUGAAUCGAAUGAAUGACUUGGAUUUGAAGUCAGGCACUCUGCUGGAUGGCAAGAUGGUCAUGGAAGGGUUUUCUGACGAGAUCGGCACCCACCUAAAACUGGGCAGCGCCUUCACUUUCCGUGUGACGGUGCUGCAGGCCAGCGGCAUCCUCCCCGAGUAUGCGGACAUCUUCUGCCAGUUCAACUUUUUACACCGCCAUGAUGAAGCGUUCUCCACGGAACCCCUCAAAAACAAUGGCAGAGGAAGUCCCUUGGGCUUUUAUCAUGUGCAGAAUAUUGCAGUGGAGGUCACGGAAUCCUUUGUGGACUAUAUCAAAACCAAGCCAAUUGUAUUUGAAGUCUUUGGCCAUUAUCAGCAGCAUCCGCCCCAUCUGCAAGGACAAGACCUUAACAGCCCCCCUCAGCCAUCUCGCCGAUUCUUCCCUCCACCUAUGCCGCUCUCCAAGCCAGUUCCAGCUACCAAGUUAAACACCAUGAGCAAAACCAGCUUUGGCCAGAGCAUGAGCAAGUAUGAUCUUCUGGUUUGGUUCGAGAUCAGUGAACUGGAGCCUACGGGAGAGUACCUCCCAGCUGUGGUUGACCACACAGCCGGCUUGCCCUGCCAAGGAACGUUUUUGCUUCACCAGGGUAUCCAGCGGAGGAUCACCGUGACCAUCAUCCACGAGAAGGGGAGUGAGCUGCACUGGAAGGAUGUCCGGGAGCUGGUGGUGGGCCGGAUUAGGAAUAAGCCUGAGGUGGACGAGGCCGCCGUGGACGCCAUCCUCUCCCUAAACAUCAUCUCUGCCAAGUACCUGAAGUCCUCCCACAACUCGAGCAGAACCUUCUACCGCUUUGAGGCUGUGUGGGACAGCUCCCUGCAUAACUCCCUUCUCUUGAACCGAGUGACGCCCUACGGAGAGAAGAUCUACAUGACGCUGUCAGCUUACCUGGAGCUGGACCACUGCAUCCAGCCAGCCGUCGUUACCAAGGACGUGUGCAUGGUCUUCUACUCCCGGGACGCCAGGAUCUCCCCACCGCGCUCACUGCGCAGCCUAUUCGGCAGUGGCUACUCCAAGUCGCCGGACUCCAAUCGAGUCACUGGAAUUUAUGAACUCAGCUUAUGCAAGAUAGCAGACACAGGUAGUCCAGGCAUGCAGAGAAGGAGACGGAAGGUGCUGGACACGUCGGUGGCCUACGUACGAGGCGAGGAGAACCUGGCCGGCUGGCGGCCUCGUGGGGACAGCCUCAUCCUGGAGCACCAGUGGGAGCUGGAAAAGCUGGAGCUCCUCCACGAGGUGGAGAAAACGCGCCACUUCCUGUUGCUGCGGGAGAGACUCGGGGACAGCGUGCCCAAGUCCCUGAGCGACUCGCUGUCACCCAGCCUCAGCAGCGGGACCCUGAGCACCUCCACUAGCAUCUCCUCGCAGAUGUCCAGCACCACCUUCGAAAGCGCCGUCACCCCCAGUGAGAGCAGCGGCUACGACUCGGCAGACAUCGAGAGCCUGGUGGAUCGGGAGAAGGAGCUGGCCACCAAGUGCCUGCAGCUUCUCACCCACACUUUCAACCGAGAAUUCACCCGGGUGCACGGCAGCAUCAGCGAUUGCAAGCUGUCGGACAUCUCUCCGAUCGGCCGGGACGCCUCCGUGUCCAGUUUCAGCAGCGCUACCCUUACGCCCUCCUCCACCUGCCCCUCCCUGGUGGAAUCAAGGAGCAGUUCCUUGGAUCAGAAGACCCCAGAAGCUAAUUCGCGGGCCUCUAGUCCGUGCCCAGAAUUUGAGCAGUUUCAGAUUAUCCCAGUGGUGGAAACGCCCUAUUUGGCCCGAGCAGGAAAACAUGAAUUUCUCAAUCUCGUUCCAGAUAUUGAAGAAAUUAGACCCGGCUCUGUGGUCUCAAAGAAAGGAUACCUGCAUUUCAAGGAGCCGCUAUCCAGCAACUGGGCUAAACACUUUGUCGUGGUCCGUCGCCCUUAUGUCUUCAUCUAUAACAGUGAUAAGGACCCGGUGGAGCGUGGGAUCAUUAACCUGUCCACGGCACAGGUGGAGUACAGCGAGGACCAGCAGGCCAUGGUGAAGACACCCAACACCUUUGUCGUGUGCACGAAACACCGCGGGGUCCUUCUGCAGGCACUCAGCGACAAGGACAUGAACGACUGGCUCUACGCCUUUAACCCACUUCUUGCUGGCACAAUAAGGUCUAAGCUGUCCCGCAGAUGCCCAAGCCAGCUGAAGUACUGAGCGACUGCGGGAGCCCUCACUCGCCUUGGGUGAUAAAGGAAGUGUUACCUCUCUCUGUGACUCUUGCUGGGUUCUCCCGUGUCACCUGUGGCUUCACUGCUGCCCCCUCACCCCCCACUGGUGCCAGCUCGUGUGUGCGUGGCCACUGCCCUGUGUUCUUCAGUGCUGAGACUCGUGUUAGUAGCAUGUGGCCCAACAAAAGGAACAAGAUUUACACACAGACACACAGCACGCACGGGACCCCCGAGGGGCUGCCGGCUUUCCCCGUGAUUGUUGGUGUCUUUUGGCUUCCUCUUGUACGAUGGGCCUCCCUCAGCACCACUCCGAUGUCUGUCCUGCUGGCUUUGGAGACCUUUGUGUUUCAAGGCAACAACUCGCUCGUGGUUCUUUCCUCUGUUUGUGACGUCACUGUCAUGGUUCUUGGGUGGCUUAGAGACACGUCCGGCUUUGUAAGAACCUGAGAGAACAAAACCUCCUCCUCCCCUCCCCCAUCUCUUUGCCAUGGCCACUUCCUGCACCUCUGUUCAGAGAAAAGGCUGCCGUGAGCUUGGAAAGGCAACAGUUGUAUUCUGCCAGUCAAAAUUGAACUUCUUAGAGCAGAGUCAUGGAAUGUUCCUCAGUGUAAGGGAAGAGACCUGCAUGGCCCGGGCUGCUGGCUGCUGCACUCCUGGUGCAAGAAAGAGGACUUGAGAGGCCACAGACAAAGCAGUGGUCACGAGGGCAGUGGGUAGUGGGCAGCGGGAGCCUGGGGCCCCUCCCACGGGGUCCCUGAGCGCUGCCCUGCUCUUCAACAGCAUCCUGUUCUGCCUGGCCGCUGGCAGCGGUGCCAUAGGUUAGUUAACACAGUGUCACACGAGUCUGCCAAGGGUUCCUGGCGUGAUGUCUCUGGCCGAUCUUAGAACUGAUUGCUGGGUGGCACCUCUGAGAUGGUGUCACUGCCCUCCGAGUGUCCGCUGGGAAGCCUGCCUCCAAACCCGUGGUCAACUGCCAGGCCGCUUGCCAACCCCAACUCAAGAAGCAGGCUCCCUCUGCCCCCACCCUGCCCCCACUCCAGGCAAAAGCAAACACACGUCCCUGGGGCUGGCACCGUCCCCUGCCUGGAACUCCUCCUCUCUCCUGCCGCUCCAUCUAGUGCAGAGCCAUUACCCCAGGAGAGAGGAGGAAGCUCUCCGCUGAGAUGCCUUUUGCUUUGCCGUCAGUGAAUUUUCCAGGAUGGGUACAGGAAGAACGGGGCUGCCAGGGUACCAGCUAUCCGGAGUGGUUUUAUGCCAUCCUGACUUCCCCAGUUCCCCAGUUUGACCAUCGCCCUGGCCUCCAGAAGGGAUCUGCUUGCCCCACCCCUGACAUGGAAGGCACCAAGAUGGCUUGGAGCAUGGCGGCUGGGGGUGUUCUGCCCUGCGCUGCCCAGGGCUCUGCCCUCGUGUCCAGCCCAUGAGGUGGCUUCUUUCAGAAGUCCAGGCUGCAGCUGCUUUCUGGUGUUCACUGCGCCGGGAGGAGGCAGCAGGUGCCGAAGCGCAGCGUCCCGAUGCUGGUGACUUGCACACCCUCACCAGAGGUCAGCAGUGGCUUGGGCUGGAUCUGUGGACACUGUUGUCUGCUCCCCUACCAUGAGUCCCGAAGAGUUAGUGCAUUGCUUUCUAAGCACACAUGCGUGUUUAACGUAGCUAGGGGUUUCCUCCCGUGUCAUGGUUACAGUAUGCCCUCUGCAGACCACACACGUCCAGCCGGCCUGUCUGUGCCACAAGGCACUGCUGGCCUGGAAUCAGAUCUCCCUUCAGAGGGUUACUUUGCAAGUGAGUCACGAUGCUGUUCUUAGGACCCAUGUGGGGAGGUGGGAGGCAGAGGGGGUACGAGGGGCUGUGGCACCCUGCAGUGCCGCUGGCAUGUCUUCUGACUCCACACUGGCACGAACGUCUUUGCUUUGGAAGAGUGAGACACUCAAACAUGCCACACUGCAUUGGCUGCACAUAACGUGCCCGAGUGGGGAGCGUCGUGUCCUGCAGGGACACCCAGGCAGGUCUGCACCCCCACACAAGGAGAGGCGUGGCUACCAGACACAGACCACUCCAUGUGCCCGCAUUUUCUAGGGACACAUUUCCAACAUGGAGCUGACACAGGUGCUGAAGUGGCACUGUGGGACAGUGGCUGAGAAAACUCUGAGGAGGCUGUGGCUGCAGCCACAGUGAUGAAAAAGCAAAGAGGUCCGACCGUCACAAAAACCACCUUUUAAGGUGAUUUUUACUUCUAUUACAUUAAUUUUGAUUAUUUUUAAAUUUAACUUUUCUGAAAGCACUCCUUUAAUAAGGCAAUGAAGUGCAUGAGUGAUAUGAAUUAAAGAAAAAUAAAUGCUAAUAAAAAAAUCUCCUUCUCCUCCCAACGCUCACUUGCUUUUCUUCCACCAGAGUAAAACAGCCUCACCAAAUCCGCCUCGGAGUGCCACCUGCCCUGCCUCUGCAGCUGCCUGGGAGUCAGCCAGCUCUCAGGCCUCUGCGGGCCAGCCAGCCCUGCACCCAGGAGCAGGCAGGGCGCCUCUGCAGGCCAGUGGGCCCUGCAACCCAGCCCACUGCUCAGUGAGGCACAGGCCAGGGAAGCCAAGCUACCCCAACUGGAAAACGAGUGUCGUUGGGUAGAGUUCCACAGCAGCCAGGACUGUAGAGCCACUCAGAUUCCUGAAGGUUCCUUGCUUGCUUAAGAGGAAGAAGGAAAUGCGAGCUUUUCUGAUAGCAAGAGGACUGCUCCUGGCAGUCUUCCAGAGCCACUCAAGUGUGCAAGGGGCAUGUGUGCAGGGGGAGUGCACGUGUGUGGGAGUCCAUGUGUGUGCAAGGGAGCACACGUGUGUGGGUGUGGCUUUGGCAGCACAUGCUCGGCUCCUCUGCCCCCAGGUUGCGUUCUCCCGGGCUUCCCCGGACGGGGUUGCGCUUGCCUAUGUUCUGACUUGAGUGUUUCAUACCCCCUGGAUUUCCUUUUUAAGCUGUGAUGUUAACCUGCUCCUUACUAAGAACAGACUAACUGUGUACUGCUCUCAGAGGGCCUGGGAAGUGUGUGCAGAGGGCCUGGGGAGUGUGUGCAGAGGCGCUGCACUGCACCUGUCCCCCUGCAUGCCCUUGCUCCCCCAGCCCCCUCGCUGCGGCAGAAGGACUCACCUGGGUGUGGGGGCCACAGCCGCCCAAGGGGGGCACGCAUACAUUCUCUGUGUCUGCCUGGGAAAACGAAUGUAUCCGCUGAGAGAUGGGUUGCUGCUGCUGUUCAAAAGACCAUUUAUGAAAUUAGAAUUGGAGCUGAAAACCUUAGAAAAGCCAUCAGUCAUGCAGAGGAAGAAAUUAGAGCUGAUUGAAAGUUCAUGUUACAAACCCACAGACAGGACGUCCGAGCUGAGGGCAGUCUCCUGUCGGGCCCUGGCCGCUGUGUGCUGUCACUCAUGUCUUCGAGUUCAUUUGUUGUCUCCAUGCCACGUAUUGUCGCAUCAGCUCACCUGAGGGCUCCACCAGCCUCCUCCUGUGUCAGGCAUCGUCCUAGACUCCAUGGCUCUGAAGUCCUUGUCGAGAUGCAAGUCUCUCGUCCCGUCCGCGUGCCCUCCCGCGAGCCCGUGAAGCGUAAGUGGCCUUCUGAACCAAGGACUUCGCGACCCAUCUCCCCCAUGGAGCUGAGCACAUUAGCAACAAUGUACAUGAUUGGUUGGGGAUUUUCAUUUUCAUGUUUUAUUUUGUAAAUACGAUCUGAUGUUGGGAGCUUGAGUAUACAGAUUGUAAAUACAGUUCUCGUAUUUGUACUAACCUGGGUCCGGCUGCGUAGCCUUAGCUGUGCAGUGCAGACAUCAUCUGUGUACGGUAACCUUGCACCACAGAACUGUUAGUGAAUGAGGAAACAGUAAUAAAGGUGAAAAGAGUGCGUCUGCA